AAGGGGCAUCGCAGAAGAGUAGGGCGUCUUUGCAAACGCCUUCUUCACUGUUAUUCGCUCUUACAGCAAAACAUUUUUUAAAAAAAAUUUCUCCUGUGUGAUUAAGCUUCGAAAAUGAGGGAGUGCAUUUCAAUCCACAUUGGCCAGGCCGGAAUCCAGGUCGGAAAUGCAUGCUGGGAGCUCUACUGCCUCGAGCACGGUAUUCAGCCUGAUGGGCAAAUGCCCAGCGAUAAGAGUAUUGGAGGCGGAGACGAUGCUUUCAAUACGUUUUUCAGCGAGACUGGUGCUGGUAAACAUGUUCCUCGGGCUGUAUUUGUAGAUCUGGAACCCACUGUUAUAGAUGAGGUUCGCACUGGCAUGUACCGUCAGCUCUUUCACCCGGAGCAGCUUAUCAGUGGCAAAGAAGACGCGGCUAACAACUUUGCACGUGGCCAUUACACCAUUGGCAAAGAGAUCGUGGACCUUUGCCUGGACCGUAUCAGGAAGCUUGCAGAUAACUGCACAGGUCUCCAGGGUUUUCUGGUUUUCAACGCAGUGGGCGGAGGGACUGGAUCUGGACUAGGCUCUCUUCUUCUGGAACGCCUCUCUGUGGACUAUGGCAAAAAAUCCAAGCUAGGCUUCACUGUGUAUCCUUCGCCACAGGUUUCGACAUCUGUGGUUGAGCCCUACAACAGUGUGCUCUCCACACACUCACUUUUGGAACACACUGAUGUCGCCGUGCUUUUGGACAAUGAAGCCAUAUAUGACAUUUGCCGCCGUUCACUGGACAUUGAACGCCCGACCUACACAAAUCUGAACCGCCUCGUCUCACAGGUCAUUUCCUCAUUGACCGCUUCCCUCCGCUUUGAUGGAGCUUUGAAUGUGGAUGUAACGGAAUUCCAGACAAAUCUGGUCCCAUACCCUAGGAUCCACUUCAUGCUCUCAUCUUUUGCGCCUGUGAUUUCAGCAGAAAAGGCAUACCAUGAGCAGCUCUCCGUGGCAGAAAUCACCAACAGUGCGUUCGAGCCAUCUUCUAUGAUGGCUAAGUGCGACCCUCGCCACGGCAAGUACAUGGCAUGCUGCCUUAUGUACAGGGGAGAUGUUGUCCCCAAAGAUGUCAAUGCCGCUGUUGCCACCAUUAAGACCAAGAGGACCAUCCAGUUUGUGGACUGGUGCCCCACUGGAUUCAAGUGCGGAAUUAACUACCAGCCUCCCACUGUUGUUCCAGGCGGCGACCUGGCCAAGGUUCAAAGGGCUGUCUGCAUGAUUUCCAAUUCUACCAGUGUGGCCGAGGUGUUUUCCAGGAUUGAUCAUAAGUUUGAUCUCAUGUAUGCCAAGCGAGCAUUUGUUCAUUGGUAUGUGGGUGAGGGUAUGGAAGAGGGGGAGUUUUCUGAGGCGCGUGAGGAUCUGGCUGCUCUGGAGAAGGAUUAUGAGGAGGUCGGCGCUGAGUCUGGUGAGGGUGACGAGGGUGAUGAGGGGGAUGAGUACUGAACGAUUUGUAGCUAGAUUUGUCGCAGUAACUGAUUUUCUUGCUUUCUUUUCAAUGGAAUAAGUUCGGACAAAAUAUGACUGUUAUCGUUUAGCUAUCCAGUGCUUUGGAUGUAGCCUGCCCGGAAAUGUGGUUUGUUAAAAACAAUCUGAAAUGCAGUUUGUGAAAUAUUUUUCCAAGUUUUCUUCUGUUCUAAUAGUGGUUUUAGGUGCUUCAGUGCUUAUGUCGAAUGCUCUCUUGGGAUGCUAGUCUUUAUAUUUUCAAGAUUUUUCAUUGAAAAGGAUCUUUAAACAUGUUAUUAUCCAUCAAUUGAGCCAGAAUAAUUUGACUGUUUCGCAAAUAUAUAUUUGAUGUCAUUUUCACA